AUUAAGCGUGAGUGGUGUCGUUGUUCUCCAUUUUGACUUGAUGCCAACCUCCGUUUUCUGUCACGUGGAAAUAGAUGGAUGUGGAAGGGGAGCAUGGACCCCUGUUAUGAAGAUUGAUGGCAACAAGCGAACUUUCCAUCAUAGCUCUAAUUUUUGGAUUAACAACACUGAAUAUAACCCUCUUGGGGGAGAGACUGGGUUUGAUCAAGUGGAGACCAAGUUACCGAGUUAUUGGCACACAUCUUUCUCCAAGAUCUGUCUCGGUAUGGAGAUCAACGAACAACUCAGGUUCAUUGUCAUCAACAUGCAAGCGGAUUCCCUGUACUCACUGAUCGCUGAUGGGCAAUAUCGCAACACCUCAUUGGGUCGCGACAUGUGGAAGUCACUGAUUGGUCCUCAGGCUUCCUCGCAGAUUUAUUGCAAUAAAGAAGGGUUUAAUGUGUACUCAGAACAGCCAUACUGGACGGAUAGAGCUGCUAAAGCAAGAAUCGGGUUUGUCACCAACAAUGCCGAUAACUGCGGUGAUGUCGAUACCAGAAUCGGGUUUGGUACAGGAGGGCCGCAUGAUGACACGAACACUUGUGGAAUCGUUGCAAACAAGAGCGGUCUUGAUAAUGGGCCGAAGUUUAUUAAAGCCAUGGGGUACAUCUUGGUGCAGUGACGAUUGAGAACUGUACAUGCCGUGAUACAUAUCAUGAACAAUAGCAACGACAAAAACCAGACGAAGAGUGCAUGCCUCAAUAAACGCUAAUUAUCUGUACAGAUUAUCAUGCACACUGAUGAAACACUAUUACAAAUAUAAAGCAGUAUUAUGAAGAUGCAUUCCCAGAAACUGAGAGCACAUGUACAUAGGGAAUAAUACAUGGGCGUGCCUGGGUAAGGAAUUCUCGUGUUCGACUCAAUAUUUCACUUGGUCGCUGCCCUCACUUCUGCCGAGAUAUGGAGUUGAACAAGAUAAGACUAAUUCCAUCUACAAACAACCAUGUAUUAUUUUUGUUUAUUAUAGGAACACCAAAGGCCUUUACCGACCCUAAAAGUCGACUUUACUAACGAGUUAAAGUAAAGAGAGUGAAAAGAGCACAUAAAACUAUUGUCAGUCGGGAAAUCUGACAAUUUUUAAAAUUAAUAGCCACAACUGAUGUAUAACCUCACUCAAGAGACAUUGAUCUCGCUCUUUAAGGGCAAGUCUUUCAAGUAGAUGGCUUCCAAAAUAUUAAAUUACGGCUGUUAUGUCUCCGAAUUUUACGUUCUAGCUGAGUCUAGGUCCAAGUUGACCCUAGGUACUGCUAGAUUGACACUUUUGGUCAAAAAAUGUGUUACUUUUUAUCAGUGUGCCCAUGAUUGACAAAUAAAAGUUCAGCGGUAACAGUUUUUGCCAAGUCAUUUGGUGGAGCCAAAUAAAAUUUCGUCAGCAGAUUACACCCGGGCCCUAAUGUAACAUCAUCAUUUACGUACACGAAUGUUCAGAAAUGCACUCGGGUUAAUGUUACUUAAAUUAGAAUUUCAUACAUCAGGCUAAAUUCAGGAAAGUAUUUCAGAAUUAUUAGAAAUAAUAGAUAAUGAUAAAUGGUUCUUCCGGCUCAUUUAGAUUUUGUACUGACAGGGAGACCGAAUAAUUUGGAAGUAAAAAAAGGACGAAAGCGUGAAAUCAGGACGCAAGUGACUGCAAAUAGGGUAGUGUAUUGAUAUUAAUGUACUACAGUAUUGUGCAAAAGUAAUGCAAACGAUUACCGUCGGAUGUCGCGCUUUGUAGUAGCACAUGUACUUACUGUAGUAAAAAGUACUAAAAAUUAAAACAAUAUAGACUUUCUAAAAUUGUAUCGUAA